GAGAUCAAAUCUACACAGCAGUGGAUUCAAUACCAUCACCCCAGUUCAAACUCUCGUAGUUCCAGCCGUUCUUAAGAAAAGGGACCUCUUAGUCUGCUCUGCCACUGGGUCUGGGAAAACAUUGUCAUUCUUGUUGCCUCUUGUCCAACUGAUGACUCUAUUACCAGCAGAUCCUGUGGCAUUGGUACUAUCGCCAACAAGAGAGUUAUGUCAGCAAAUUGAGGAACAGGCAAAACUUUUAAUGAAAGGUAUUCCUGGUAUGAGAACUGCUUUGUUGAUUGGUGGAGUGCCAAUAGUGAACCAGUUACAUCGACUAAAGUCAAAUGUAAAGCUGUUGAUAGCUACUCCAGCAAGACUAUUGGAUAUACUAACCAAUCAUGGGAAGAGUUUGUGUCUCUCUUCAAGUCUGCAAGUUCUUGUAGUUGAUGAAGUCGACUCUUUAUAUCAAAUGGGGUUCGAGGAACAAUUACAGUCCAUCAGUAAGCAUCUUCCAUCAAAGAAGCAAAGUCUUUUCUUCUCUGCUACCAUUCCUCCAAAAAUAGAGAGACUAGCUACAGAGACUCUUCACAAUCCUCUCUUCAUUACUGUUGGAACACCAAACACUUCUAGUGUUAAUGUGAGACAUACUGUCCUUUGGGUUGAAGAGGAGGCAAAGAAGAAACAUCUUUUUACUUUUCUCAAAGACAAGGACACAUUCUGUCCUCCAGUCAUUAUAUUCGUUAACUCUCGUAAAGGUACUCUACUCUUAGCUGAGGCCAUUGAUAAAGCUUGUGAUGUGGCGGCCAUUGCCCUGCAUGGAGAGAUGGAGCAGGAGAGGAGGUCGGCCAUUUUGAGUGGAUUCCUGGCUGGGAAGUAUGAGGCAAUUGUUGCAACCGGAGUAUUAGCAAGAGGACUUGACCUUCACAAUGUGAAACAGGUAUUUAUAUUUGAUGCUCCUUCAACGAUUGAUGAGUUUAUACAUCAAGUUGGUAGAUCUAGUAGAUUGGGUUCCAAAGGUUGGGCUAUCACCUUCAUUAACAAUACAGACAAAAGUAUGUGUCCUUGUACUAGCAUUCCUCACUUUAUACACAAAAUCAACAAUAAAGCAUGAGACAAUAGUGUUCCAAUGCUUGUUACUAAUAAUAAACUAUGAUCGUUCAAUUAUAAACAGUAUCCCAUUGGUGAAGGUCAUGGAAAUAUUCAUUUUUGUCUUUUAAUGUGCUAGCGUGUUAGUGACCUUUUUCCAGAAUCUUCACACAGGCACUGAUUGAGCAAUAUGUGGCAAAUUAUCAUUUGCAUUCGUGCUAACUAUGAGGAAUUUAAUCUUCCUAGCAGCUAGUGAGGGAGAGAGAGAGAGAGAGACAACUGGAUUGUUUUAAAAAGGAUAC